ACUUUUCAAGUCUCGUUUCUCUCCAUUUCUCCUUUCCGUGCCAGCAUUUUGUUCUUCUACGCUGCUUCCGGUUCGCAGCGUAACAGAGCAGUCUGCGCGUGUUUGACAAACGGACGGUCUUUCCUUACCAGUUUCCCUCUGCACAUGUUUCGGCCGGUUUUUGAACUCUGAAGACCGUCCCGUCUCCUGCACACUCUUUUACUCGCCUCUCUUUGUCUUUCUGCCUCUUCGCCGAAUCUUGCCCCUUCAGCCUACCAGCAGAAGCAAACGUAUGGGGUCAUCGGCUCGGUCUUCUCCGUUUACUUGGGGUCACUAGGUGUUUCGGUCCCGAUGAAGCAGCUGCGACUGAGUUGACCAGCUUAACUCCAUAAGACACAGACCUGUGAGUUUCCUCAUUCUGUGAUCCGUUCUGUUCAAGGCAAGCACUUCUUUUGGCGCUGAUCUUCGAGCAGAUCAGGCCGAGAGGCAAAAGGGCCUCCCAGGCAGACGCGCCGACGCCUGUUCCACAAUUUUGCGUAGAAGGCUCCUUCUUCGCUUCGACGAAAGAACAAAGAAGUCUCCACUCUGUGAACGAGGAAAUGUUCGACGACAUGUCUUUUUUCUGUCGAUAAGAUGGGCAACUUUCGCAUUAAGCCGCCUGGUGCGCGACACGCCUUCCCGAAACUGGGAACUCAUCGGAUGGUUAUGUUCCGUCGCAUGAAUCUUCUUAACUGGCCUCCAGAGGACGCUUCUCCUCUGCAUCCUAUCGAGCCGUGGGGACGGCAGUUCUUCGUGUUCAACGCCUUUGCCACGAUCGACCCAGCAGACUGGUGUGGGCCUCGCGGCCCGUUUCCGCGGCUUCCUCCUCUCGCUAAACCUGCUCCCGAUGCUGCAACGCUGGCUGCGUCGCCGUCGUCCCUCCUCUCGGCUCUGAGAGAGACUGAGGAGAGGAGCGCAACACGGACAGUUAUGUGUGUGACAGACUUUGCUCAGCGGCCUCUGAUGUUUCUCGGCAAAGACGACUUCCGCGCCUUGAGAGAAAAUCUCCCGCGCAUAAAGGAAGAGUUGAAAGCCUUCAAAGAACGAAUACAGCCGAACCCCGUGCACGCGCAGUACGACCUGCGGCGCAAACUCCUAGUGUAUCCGCGACAAGCGAUGCAGCGCCUGAAGACGGGCGAGCACGGAGGCUACGGGACGAGACGAGGAACCAUCCGAGAAAGGAAAACAUAGUCGCAGAGACGUUGGAGCGCAGGUCCGUCUCUGCUCGUUUUGGAGACACCGCGACUUCGCCGGAACGACGGAGACACAGAACUGGAGAAAGACGAGGAAGCAAAUGAUCUUGUUAAGGAGAGGAGUCAGACUCUUGCUAAGGGGAAGAGAGACGUUUGACCUGGCUCCGACGUUUCAGUAGGGAUUCUCAAGCCUCCUGCGUGUGGGCUCACGAUGUAGGGUGUCUCCGCUCCAACAUACGGUUUAGGGAGAGCGCUAGCGAUCCCAGCAAGCGACGGGACCUUCCAGUCGCUUGUGUGGCUCUACAGGCGUCUCUCAAAAACGACUCGAGGCGUCGAACGCUCAGGAUCUCCGAGUGAGACAGAAGAAGGACUGUCCCUUUUUCGCAAUGAGAUGACUGCCGCGACCAGCAGCUCAUCGCUGCAGGAAUCGACUUCUCUCAUUCUGCUCCACAACACUGUGCGACCAAAGAUUUCGAGACCACAAUCUCAGAAGAAUAUUGCCUCCGCGUUUUUUGCGGAUUUCCCGUCUUUCGUUUUUGCACCUCGUGGGCGUUUGUGCCCCCUUUUCUGUUGCGCCUGUGUCGUCACUGUUUCUGCCGCUGCCUCGAAACUGAUCUUCCAGAUAGUAUUCGUGGAAUGCUCCCCAUCAAAAGGUAGUUUAUAGAAACCGAAAGACCUAGCUUGUAAAGGGCCUAAACACUCAAAUGAACCUGUUUUUGAG